AUGGUGCUUUACAAAAGGCCGCGGCUGUUGGAUUUUACAAAAACCCCUCAGCACCUUCAGUUCAACAAAUAUGUCCUGACGGGUUACCGGCCCGUGUCCACGGCUCCAGAAUGCCUCGGGAGCCUCUUCUACAUGCACAAUGAGCUGGGCAACAUUUACACCCAUGGAGUCCCUUUUUUCCUUUUCUUGGUGCUGCUACCUUUUAGUAUCCCCUGGAUGGAGGUGGACAGCGUCUGGAUCUGUGUGGUCCACUACCUGGCCUGCCUCUGCCCCACCGUGGGCUCGGUUGUCUACCAUGUGUUCAUGAACCAUGUGGGAGGAGAACAUGUGUAUGACACCCUGCUCUCCCUGGACAUGUUUGGGGUCUGCCUAGUUAACACCCUGGGUGCACUUCCCAUCAUCCACAUCACUCUUCUUUGCUACCCAACCAUACGACAGACUGCCUUGCUGGCCUACAUCCUCCUGUCAGCCUACAGCAUCUACUGUGCCACCACGGCACAUACUAACAUCCUGCGCCUGCAAGCUUUCCUCUGGCAGGCCGUGUUCCGCUUCAGCCUCUUCCUGUUCCGGGUGUUCGGCAGUGGGGCGGGCAGCCCAGACUCCCUGCGUCUCUUUGUCAUCAUGGACUCUCUGGCUGUAAUGGGUGGGCUGGUCAACGUCAUCCAGAUCCCUGAGCGCUUCAUCCCUGGCCUGUUUGACAACUGGGGCAACAGCCACCAGAUAAUGCAUAUCAUGGUUAUUUGCUCAAUUAUCUACCUGCAUUGGGGCACACUGGAGGAUUUAGCCUGGAUUAAGACCUACCAGUGUCCUACUGAGUGA